AUGUAUCGUUACAUCAUCACUGCUCUACUCGGUGUCGUAGCCAUGGCCUACGAUACCUCCACUAGCACACCCUACACAAGCAAUCAAGACCGCGGUACAGCACUGCCCGAUACCCACAUCAGCUCCCCGAAGGGCCUUUCUGAACGGCUCUCAAUCCGCAGGAUCUGUAACUUACACAAAGGCAUCACAGACAUCCAAACCGCGAGGCCUAGCAAGCCAACAACAUGCCUGAGCCUCCUCGACCUCGAUGAGAACAGAUUCCCGUGGAACGAAACCGACAAGCUUUGUGUUCCAACGACGCGCGAGUUCGGCAUUGCCAAGGCAGUAAUUAUGCUGGCAUGGGAUGUGACCAGUGAGAAGUUAGAUGAUAAGACGAACAAGGAGUGGUGGCAACUUGCUAAGACUUGCGCGAGCAUUUUGCAGGACCCGAGUGAUAGGAAUGUUUAUUUGCGAGAGUUUUUGCCCAAGAUCGAGAGCGAUGGUAUCGAUGGAUGGGAGAAGAUUUGUAUCGAGAACUCUUGGCCGAUACCAGUUAAGAGUUAA